AUGGCAAGUUCACGAGCUCUGUUCAUCGCUUUGUUCAUCUCUGCAAUUGCAUUUUAUUCGGCAUCUGUUGAUGCCAACUUUCCCAAAAGCAUGUACUUCAACUGGGGUGCUCACCAUUCUUCAAUGACAAACAAUGGGAACGAUCUUCAGCUGGUGUUGGAUCAAACUUCAGGUUCUGGUGUUCAAACAAAGAGACAAUUUCUAUUUGGAAGCAUUGAAAUGCUUAUCAAGUUAGUACCUGGGAAUUCUGCUGGAACUGUCACAAUGUCCUCUACUGGGAACUGGCACGAUGAGAGAGACUUUGAGUUCUUAGGUAACGUUUCAGGACAACCUUACAUUAUCCACAUGAAUAUCUUUACACAAGGAAAAGGGAGCAGACACCAGCAAUUCCACCCCUGGUUUGACCCAACUGCUGAUUUCCACAACUACACCAUUCAUUGGAACCCAACACAAAUUCUGUGGUAUGUCGAUAGCCUGUCUAUUCGAGUAUUCAGAAACUACGAGAAUGAGGGGAUUCCCUACCCAACCCAAACCAACAAGGGAUGA